GACAUCAUUAGUAUAUUGCUGUUUAUUAGCGAUGGGGCAAUCAUCAAGCUCCACAACCGAACCUGAUAAAGAACAGGCUUCGACGGACCAAAACGCAACGUUACGAAGAGAAACAGCACAACGUGCUCCGGUGCAACGACCUGCUCCGAUCAUCUGUGGGGUUUCGGAAUCCGAAAUGCAAAAGUUGGCGCUCACAGAUGAAAUUGGCACAUUGAUCACAGAUAACCUCCCGAUGUCCUGCAAAGGAAGCAACCUCGGUUUUCCUGUCAAGUGGUAUUUGCUUUACAGCAGCGAUAUAAACGGAAAGUCGUUCCAGCGCUUGGUGCAACAUAUUGUAUCCCGGGGCCCUACCGUUUUAAUUGUGAAGUUGAAAAACAGUGCACGUGUAAUAGGAGCGUUCUGUGAAAGCGACUGGCUCACCGUGGCGGAGCGUGAAAAAGCGGCGAAAAGCGCUGCUGCCGCGUCUGCGCGCGCGCUUCGUGAAGGCCAGGCGCAACGUCGAAAAGUUGAGUCAAAGAGUAAAAACACCGUGUUCUUUGGCAACGCUAACUGCUUCGUCUUCCGGGUCCAUUCAAGCAACAAUGAUGGCGUCAGCGAAAUGGGUGAAAUAUACAAGUCCAAGCCGUCUAUGAAUACUAAUUUCAUGUAUUUAUUUGAUGUUCAUCCUUUGGAAGACAAGGUUGGUAUUGGUAUGGGCGGGCAAUCGGGUUAUUACGGUUGGUUUAUUGACCGCUGGCUGGAAACUGGCACUUGCUACGGAUCUCGCUGUACAACUUUCGAUUGCCCACGCUUAACGCCCACCGAGACGUGGCAGGUGGACUCAGUGGAGGUGUACGCGGUGAAAAGUGACGUGGUGGAACAGCUGUUGCGGGAUGGAAACCAGCUCGUUACCGAUGUUUCGUGCGUAAACGGAAACCAAGACAGUAAAGCGGCUCAAUUAAUUCUAGAACUGAACGGAACGCACCAGUUUAAUCGCAACGAGAGACCAGAUUGCUAA